GUUCGACGAUCGUCUACACUCCGCCAUCUUGUUACUUUUUAUUUGUUAUUACAUAUAUGCGUCGUGUGUGUUUUUAUGCCGAUUGAAAAUUUUUUAAUUAAUUUGCGUCUUGUACGUUUGAGUUAUAUUAUUCGUGAUUUGUUUUAUUAUACAUAGGCAUUUUUAAAGAUACUAGGUAAUCCAGUUCAACUUUAGAAGUCCUAUCAAAGCAUUUGGUGACUAACUUAAAGAGAUCAAAAUGAGUAAUGGCACUAGGGUGUUUGUCGGUGGCUUGUCUCAUCGUGUUCGCGAGAGGGAUCUCGAGAGAUUUUUCCAAAAAAUUGGCAGAGUCAAGGAUAUUGCUAUGAAGAAUGGAUAUGCCUUUGUGGAAUUUGAUGACUAUCGUGAUGCUGAUGAUGCAGUAUAUGAAUUAAAUGGACGCGAACUCAAUGGGGAAAGAGUUUCUGUUGAACGAGCGCGUGGAACACCAAGAGGUAGUGAUGUUUGGCGUGGAUCAGGACGUGGUGGUGAUUUACCACCACCUCCACCAAGGCGACCUCGUCGUGAUGCUAGGGAUGACAGAAAUGAUAGGUAUGGACCACCAACAAGAACAAACUAUAGAUUAAUUGUUGAAAAUUUGUCAAGUCGUGUCAGCUGGCAGGAUUUAAAGGACUUCAUGCGCCAAGCUGGGGAAGUUACUUAUGCUGAUGCGCAUAAACAACGCAAAAAUGAAGGUGUUGUUGAAUUUGCAUCCUAUUCGGAUCUCAAAACUGCACUGGAUAAGUUGGAUGAUACAGAAUUGAAUGGACGUCGCAUAAGACUCCUAGAAGAUAGAAGUAGUAGUCGUGGUCGUGGUGGAGGCAGACGCAGUCGUAGUCCUUCAAGUUCUCGUUCGCGUUCAAGUUCCAGGUCUCGUUCACGUCGGCGUGUACGCUCUCGUUCAAGAAGUAGAUCACGAAGCCAUUCCAAGUCAAAGUCUGUGUCUCGUUCGAAAUCUCCUUACAAAUCGCCAGCUCAUUCCAAAUCACGUUCCCGUUCAGGAUCUAUUGAUAAAAAGAGGUCUCAAUCACGUUCACAAUCAAUAUCAAAUAAACGUAUAAAGCGCGAUUCACGUUCACCCGAUGAAAAAUCACGCUCGCCGUCUAGAGAGAAAAAUGGUGAUGCCAGUCCUCAGUCAGGAGACGAUUAGAGAUACAUAUUGAACCCUCUAAUGAUUUUUUUUUAUAUAUAACAAUUCAAUCUUUUUCUAUCCAGUUAACUUAAUGUACACUUAAUCUAACCAUUUGACUAGGUCAUAUUUACGUUCAAUGCCGUAGAGAUAAACUGAUUAUCGAUUUUACAGAACAUUUUGUAUUGUAAAACUUAAGAUUACAUUUGAAGAAAUAUUCAUGAAUGUUGUGUUUGACAAAAAAACUAUGUUCAUUUGCUAAAAAAUGAAUCGAAAAUUGUAUGGUAUUCUUUUUUUCUUCUGUAUAAGUUUUAAAGUAAUCACUUAUUUUAUUUGUAUGUGUGUAAGAUGAUUAUAUACUUAUAUUUAAGACAA